UAGUGCGCAGACCAAUGAAUCGCCUUCUCUGUUUAAAUAGUCCUUGAUGUCAACUUUUCUGCACUCAAACGUCCCCCUAACGCCAUGUUGGCUGUUAUUACUUGACUUGUUGUUUUCAUCUGCUUUACUACGGAUUUGACAGGAGUGGCUUUCUUAAACCCCCCUGCGCCUGUGGAGACGCUUUAAUCCAUUUUUGCGCGUACGCGUUGUGGAUGAUACGCGCGGAGCAUGCACGCAUCACUCCUGUGACUUUGCAUUUGAGAGGAAUACUGCUUGGAAAUAGAAGUUUGAAAGGGUUUGGUUGUUAUUUGUGUCUUUUUUUUCCUUGUCAUAUGUGCAACAAAAUGUCAGAUGUUCGCCUUUCUAAUGCGAGCCCGACAUUGGAGAGGGUGGAUGCGCGGCAUCCGGACAACGUCAGACCUCCUGUCCGCAGAAACCUCUUCGGCUCACGGUCACCUGACCGAGAGGAGAUACGGAGGUAUUUGGCGGCUGCGAUGCAGGAAGAUGUGCGGGAUUUUAUGGAGGAGUACAAUUUCGAUCCCGUCAACGACAGACCGCUCACUCCGCGCAAUUACGAGUGGCAGGAGGACAGCGACGCCGCGGAGUUUUAUCUCAGACCGCCCCACGGGAGCCGGAGUGAUGCGGACCCGCACGGCGGUAACAACCGGCCGGGAGCCGAGGGGAGUAGCGAAGGGCAGUCGGAUCGCAAUCCGCACAGAGACGACUCCAGGAAAAAACGGCCGGGAGCUUCAGGUCCCUGCUCCGGCGAGUGUCCGAGUAAAAGGUCGCAUACCGACGGAGAUGAUGAUGAUGAUAAUGAAGACCAGUCGGGCGGUGCAGCAGGGCAGGCGGUGAAAGCCGAGGAGGAGAGACCGGGCAGGCCGGAGAGCAGCGCGGAAGUCCAGUGAAAAACCACCAGAGCGGGGAGACCUGUCGCUGGUGGAAUACUGUAGCCUUUCUCAUCAUCUGACAGAUGGGAGAGAAAACACAAAAGCUGCCUUUUCCUGAAGAAGGGAGGAGGAGAGGCUGCACAAGCACUGAAUAUGUACACUAUCAAGUUUUGGCACUCAUUUCAUAUAAAUUGCCUCAGAAGCAGCAGACAAUGUAGCAGUGUGCAAAUGGAUUUUUGCUCAUUUUUUUUAUCUACUACCUAUGUUUCAGAUGUAGCACAUAAAAAAAAGCAUAUUUUGCUUUUCAUACCUUUUUUUCGUUAAAUGUAUUUGAAUACGUGUGUGAAUUUGACUCGGGAAGUUGCAGUGCAAUUUCCAACAGAGAAAUAUUAUUUUGUUAAAGUGGUCAUAUUGUAUAAUUAUUCAGGUAAUUGAUGUAAGUUAAAAAUGCAGAUUUCAGAAGUCAGGGUUAUGUGGAAACAAAAUGUCUUUCUUUCUCUAUGGCUUUAUUCGUCCCAGUGUUAUAUAUCUUGUUUUUGAAGGCCCAGAUGGCCACACUGUAAGUUGAGGGUCCAUCUUACUGGGAACAGCCAUGACAGAUAAAGUUUACAUGCAAAUAAUGUCUCCCUUCUUUCCUUCUUUCUGUCUUUCUUUCAUUUUUCAUUUUUGUAGGGGUUUUUGCCAAAGUUUGUGCCUUUUUGUUCUGAGGUAGAGGGGUGGGGUGGGAGGGUGGUUAAACUGCUGAGCAAUAUCCAACCAAAUUUUAACAGUAUUUGCUAAUAAUCCUAAGAAUUAGCUUUUGUUUUUAAAUUAGGUGAGUUCAUAUGUUAGUGGCUUUCAGGUCACAUAUCCCGCCCCUUGUAAUGAGUGGUGUAGUCCAGGGUAACAUAGAUAAAAUAUGUUAAGAUCACAGGGCUACUUAUGCAAAUAUGUGAAUCAAAGAUUUGUGGUGUGGAAUUCAUGUGGAACAUGUAAUUGCACUAUUGUUAAUUUCUCUUUUUUUUUUAGGGCAGAAAAACAAAGUGACACUGCCUCAUUUGGUAAAACUUUGAAGUGUACCUGUGUGCCUUUUUUUCUAAAAAAAAAACACUGAAAAAAUUAUACUAACUUAUUUAUAUUGAGCUUUUCGUUGUGGGUGUAUGUACAGCUU